GCUGCGAGGCCACAAUCCCGGAGGGACGGAGAUUGCUCAGCGUGGGCGCCAGCAGCAUGUUUGGGUACGCCAACGUCUCUACUUUCAACAAUUGCAGCUAUGCGUUCGUGGUGGAGAGAGGAGGCUACGUCUUUGACCAGCACCAUCUCAGCAUGAUGGAUUUCCCCCGGAGAGUAUCCAUUUCCAUGAGACUCAACUGGGUCAUCCCCGGGGAUUUUUCUUUCACAUUGUGCGGGGACAACUCCUACUCUCUUCCUUUGUUUCACGGCUAUCUCUGCAACUGCUCUCAUGGUUAUUCCGGCAACCCUUACCUCAAUGGCUCCCAUGGAUGCCAAGAUAUUGAUGAGUGCCAACAUCCACAAACAAAUCCAUGCGUGAGUUCCGCCCGUUGCAGAAACAGAGUUCCUGGUUACAAAUGUGAGUGCCCGUUUGGAAGUCGUGGAGAUGGCACCAGAGCAGGCUCUGGUUGCAAGAAAAUCUUUCAGAUUGUUGAAGCCAUUCUGGGAACUGGAAUGGGGAUUGGCGCCAUACUCAUUUGUGGCCUCUGGUUUUACUUUGUAUUGAGAAAUCGAGCACUGAUCAAACUCAAAGAACAAUACUUUCGGCAGAAUGGUGGUCUGCUUCUGAAGCAACAGGUUUCUAAUCGUGAGGCAGGGGCAGACUGUGCCAGAAUUUUCUCCAAUGAAGAGCUGGAGAAGGCCACACACAAGUAUGAUGAAUGUCGAAUCCUGGGAACCGGAGGCUAUGGCACCGUCUACAAAGGAGUCUUAGAAGAUGGGACUGUUGUUGCUAUUAAGAAGUCCAGGGUGAUGGACAGGAUGCAGAUUGAUCAGUUCAUCAAUGAGGUGGUCAUCCUCACACAGAUCAACCACAGGAAUGUGGUAAAGCUAUUGGGGUGUUGCCUCGAGACUGAGGUCCCAUUGUUGGUCUAUGAAUUCAUCCCCAAUGGCACACUGUACAGUCACUUACACGAGAAGAGCCCCAGCAGUCUCCGCAUCACUUGGAGUGAUCGUUUGCACAUUGCAAUAGAGACAGCAGAGGCCCUUGCAUACCUGCAUUCUGCAGCAUCAAUGCCGGUCUUCCACCGUGAUGUUAAGUCCUCCAACAUACUCCUUGGUGACAACCUGACUGCUAAAGUCUCUGAUUUCGGUAUCUCAAGGUUGGUUCCAUUGGAUCAAACUCAGGUGCCCACGUUGGUGCAGGGGACUUUCGGAUACUUAGACCCAGAGUACUUCCAGACAAGCCAGUUGACCUCUAAGAGUGAUGUCUACAGCUUCGGAGUUGUGCUCGUGGAGCUGCUGACAGGGCACAAGCCUGUUUCUACGGAGAGAUCAAGGGAAGAUAGCAAUCUGGCAAUGUAUUUCCUGUCCUCUCUCAAGUGCAAGGAUUUGAGGGAGUUUAUAGACAGGGAUGUCAUGAGGGAAGACAAUCUUGAGCAGUUGAAAUCUGUUGCUGAAUUGGCUAGGAAAUGUCUGCUUCUGAGAGGGGAUAAGAGGCCAUCUAUGAAGGAGGUGGCUCAAGAACUCGUUCUAAUUGCUAGCUUUGGCCGCUGCCAUCAUGAUGGAGGUGAUCAUGAGGUUGAGGAACAAGAAGAGUUUGAUCAUUUGUUAACAUUUGACAAGAGCUUAUCAUCAUCACUAUCGUCAUCUUCAAUUUUAGGACCACAAGAGAGUCUUCCUCACGCCUUGUCUGUCACCCUUGAUUUAGCUAGGUAAUAUAUAAGCAACCCAAGCAACGGCAAACAAGGCACACAUGAAAACUCUUCAAUAUAUCCAUACAUAGCAACAAGACCAAGGCAUUUUUAUACAUUAAUAUUAUAUAUAUAUAUAUAUAUAUAGAGAGAGAGAGAGAGAGAGAUGAAACUGGAUGUGAAGGAGCUGUGGCAUGGCAGCCACCCUCAACACGUGCUGAGGAUGGAGUACACUGAAAUCCCUUUCCGGUGUGAUGGGUGCAAAGAAGCCGGCAUCGGCCUCAAGUACUCUUGCGAUGCUUGCUGUUUCGAUCUUCAUCGUAACUGUGCACUUGCUCCCUCUACCAUCACUCACCCAUUCUACGAUAAAUGCUAUUUCCAAUUCUACACCAGACCACCCGGCUCCGCCAUGAGAGUGUGCGACGCUUGCAGGAAAGAUGUGCUCGGUUUUGUUUAUCACUGCACCGGCUGUGGCUUCGACCUUCAUCCUUGCUGUGCUAACCUAUCCCCUCGCCUUGAGGACGGUGACCGGAGCUUCCUUCUCUGCAUUAAGAUAACAAGCAGUUGCCAUCGUUGUGGUCUCAAAGGUCUGGGGUGGUCUUACAGGUCUGAGUGUAAAAACUACAAUCUGCAUGUCUCUUGUGUGAAGGAGAUGCUUGUGGAGAGCUGGCAGGCUAUGUAUCUCAACUUCGAUAAGGAGAAAGUGAGGGAGAUCCAGACUAAGAUACCCAGCCUCAGAGGCACCAUGCAGAGCCACCACCAGCACCACCACCUGCAGGCACACAGGGCCAGGGUUGGCAAGGUUCACCAAUGUUGCCAGAUUGCUGGUGGUGCUCUCCGCAUCAUCAUCUCUGCCAUUCUUGGUGAUCCUACUGCUAUCAUCGCUGCUGUUAUUGGGGGCUUCAUAUCCAAGUUGCUGGACAUGUGACUGAAGAAGGUGAGUUGGUUAAUUCAGGACACGUGGACGAUGGGAUAGAAGCGGUGGAAGAGGAAUCAACGGUGGAGAAGAAGCCCAAGAAAAACAGAGGAAAAAGGGAACAUGAUGCGUUCUGAAGGGAUUUCGUCUUCACGGAUUGGAAAAAGAUAAAAGCGGGAGGAGAGGAACCAGGGGCAUCAUCGAAGAAGUAGAAGAGGAAGAGACCCAACUCGUCGAGGAGGGAAGAGGCUGGCAAUCUCGCUGGAGUUCUGGUUAUUGUUCUGCAAUUUCUUGUUUUCUGUUUCUUUACUGUUAAUAAUAUGAUUUAGAGAGGAACUCUAUCAAUUUUCUAGUUGGAUGGACAGGAAAU